CUUUUAAAGAGAUCUCAAUGGGAUUUGCCUGGUUAAAAAACAGUAAAUAAAUAAAUUAAUAAAAUAAAUUAUAGCGGGCAUGUAUGGGAUUGGCUGUCAUUUUAGACCACGCCUCCUGGAUGUUUAGGGGUCUGGAGGUUCCCUACAAAUAACUGUGUCCUCCUGUUAUUCAAGCUUCAGGACUGCAGCUUCACUGCAGGCAGCAGGUAAGUGUUUCAGCUGCUUUAAUGUAUAUAGCUUUGUGACUGAGUAUAUUCUGCAGAAAUUAAAAUAUCUAUGUGUUAUUAAUGAUGAGAACUUUGAACAUUUCUUUUAAAGCUAUUAAAUAUGACUCACAGUCUUUGGAGCAAAGCCAUGUUUUCUUCAAGUGGUGCUUGCUUCAAUGGCUGCACCGCGGAGCAUUUCCACUCCGUUCUGCCGGACACUUCAGCAUCAAAUUUCAAUGCAUCAGGUGGUUCUGAACCUGGGAACCGAAGCGUCAGGGAUAGGAGAGGGCUAUUGGAUAAAUCCUGUUACAGUGAUGAAAAUACUGGCUCGAGAUUGAUGUGUUCCAGCCAGCUGGAGCUCAAUGCAUCCAAAGAAAGCUGCGCUGCCCAUUUAACUCCACCUGGUUCUCACCAUCACCACUAUGAUUGGGGUAUAAAGAGCAGCCACCAAGCCAAGCGUGCCAGAGUGGAAAACAUCAUCAAAGGCAUAACAUGCACAGAUGUGACAACACAUCCCUUCAAUCAGUCUGACUGUAUGCAGGAAGAUGAAGGAAUUCACAAACCUUUACACCAGAAACACAGGGAACAAAUCAGGUCUGAGAGCUCGAGUCAGAACCAGAUGACAAGAAAAGCUGAAAGUCAACAUCAGCACCUAAGGACGGAGCUCAGUCACACAGAGGGAGAAACUGAAGACACAAACAAAGAGAAAUUUCAGAGAUGGGUUGAUUCUCCUGAACCAUCUCUAAACGACAGAUGUCGUGAUUCCGCCUCAGAGUUUGAAAGUAGAGAAAGUCCAGGAUGGACGAAGGUGAAGCUGGUGAACUACUUUCAGUCUAAACCCGAUCGAAUCAAGCUGAUGGCAGAUAUUUUGAAGUACGAACUGUCCCGAGCUGUGAGUAGCAGCGUUGACUCCGUUUUCAAAAGCUUGCCACUUUUACAGACACCAACGAGCCACGGGGAAAACUCAGAAACUGGUGUGCCACUUCAAGCAGCAGCGUAUAAAGAGAGCAAGUUAAGAGUUCCCUGUUGUGAGAGCGCAGAGCUGCUAGACGUCCAAACUGAAGCUCUGUCCCUGGUAGUUCAAAAGCUCGACCAGGAACCAACCAACAGCUUUGUCCUCGAGUCCAGUUCCCCCCGCCACGAGUCCGCUCUGCACGUAGAGCGACACAACAGCACCGAGCAUCAAAUCGCUUUUAGACGCUGGCAGGAUGAAGGCUCCGAGGUUGGACACUGGAAUCCGUUUAAAGUGAGGUCAAAGGUCAACUCCAGAUCUGUGAGGAGCCCCCAAACAAACAGCGUGCCCAUGGAUCAACUUCUGGAAAGCCCGAGUCUCCCCUAUGUGAAGGUGGAAUCUGACAACCUGGAGAAAACCAGUCAGUACAUGCUGAAUGAGUGUUUGACCACAAUCCACCUAAAGAAAGCAAAGCUCAUGUUCUUCUACACUCGCUACCCGAGCUCUCUGGUUCUGAGGAUGUGUUUCCAUGAUGUGCAGGUGAGCAAACAGAAGUGACCAUCAAUGGUACACAUCAUGUACCAAUAGGGAAAAAAAUUGUGCUGUUUUAAGUCACGAUAACAUUAACAAAAAAAUAAAAAAAUAAAUAAAACGCAACAUUGUACCAUGACGAACAAAAUAACAUUGUCAUGCAAAAACAAGAAUAUAUUUGUAUUGGAAACCUUAGUUUCUUGAACCAAACACUUGAAAAUACAGAUUUAUCUAGUUUUUCAUGUAUUACAUGUUUCAGGUUUAAUAAAAAGCCAAUUUUCAUAUCCAUCUGUUGUCC